UCUCAGUGGCUGAAAGAGUCUCUCCAUCAGUACCGUUUAGACUGGAGGGAGCGCACCAGAGGGGUAGGUUCCAGGGAUACACGUUCACAGGAAUAUUCAUCUCUAUGAUUCCUCUGCCUUCUUUUUUCCUUCUUCCUCUUCUUGUUCCACACCCCGGCGUGAGUGUGUAGGAGAAGCAGGAGAGGUCCAGACGCAGUCGUGCUGUGGAAGAGAGUGUGUGAGAGAAAAGGGGCAGCUUCCCCACUGGUCACUCCCUCUGGACGCCGUUUGCAUGGACUUGGGGUUUCGUUUCUGAAUCCCGGGCAGCCUGCAGCAGCUCUUCAUGUUGGAAUAAAACCAGAGGAAGUCGCACCCCAAGAUGAGCGAGGAAGCCAAGGAUAAGAGCCAAAGCAAGCCGGCGCACCGCAAAAAGAAGGGGAAAAAGUCUGACAGCAAUGCCAGCUACCUGAGGGCAGCCCGGGCUGGGAACUUGGAAAAGGCCCUCGACUAUCUGAAGUCAGGAGUUGACAUCAACAUCUGUAACCAGAAUGGGUUGAACGCUCUACAUCUCUCCUCCAAGGAGGGUCACACAGAGGUGGUUGCGGAGCUGCUGAAGCUCGGUGCCAAUGUGGAUGCAGCCACAAAGAAGGGGAACACUGCUCUGCACAUAGCCUCGCUCGCCGGACAGACGGACGUGGUGAAGGAGCUGGUGAACAACGGGGCCAACGUGAACGCACAAUCUCAGAAUGGCUUCACUCCGCUGUACAUGGCUGCUCAGGAGAACCACCUGGAGGUGGUGCGGUUCCUCCUGGAGAACAACGCUAGCCAGAGCAUGGCCACCGAGGAUGGCUUCACCCCCCUGGCGGUGGCCCUGCAACAGGGGCAUGAUCAGGUGGUGUCCCUGCUCCUGGAGAACGACACCAAGGGCAAGGUGCGGCUACCCGCCCUCCACAUCGCUGCCCGUAAGGACGACACCAAGGCUGCCGCUCUGCUCCUGCAGAGUGACCACAACGCAGACGUGGAGUCCAAGAUGAUGGUGAAUAGAACGACGGAGAGUGGCUUCACCCCACUUCACAUCGCAGCUCACUACGGCAACAUCAACGUGGCCACACUGCUGCUGAACCGCGGGGCAGCGGUAGACUUCACAGCGAGGAAUGACAUCACACCUCUGCACGUUGCAUCGAAGAGAGGGAACGGGAACAUGGUCAAACUGCUGUUGGAACGAGGAGCUAAAAUAGAUGCCAAAACCAAGGACGGACUGACCCCCUUACACUGUGGAGCGAGAAGUGGUCACGAGCAAGUCGUGGAAAUGCUGCUGGACAGAGGGGCCCCAAUUCUGUCCAAAACAAAGAAUGGGCUGUCUCCCUUACACAUGGCCACUCAAGGAGACCACCUCAACUGCGUCCAGCUCCUACUGCAGCACGACGUACCCGUGGACGACGUCACCAACGACUACCUGACGGCGCUGCACGUGGCGGCACACUGCGGCCACUACAAAGUGGCCAAGGUCAUCGUGGACAAGAAGGCCAACCCCAACGCCAAAGCCCUGAAUGGUUUCACGCCACUCCAUAUCGCCUGCAAGAAGAACCGUAUUAAAGUGAUGGAGCUCCUGCUGAAACAUGGAGCAUCGAUUCAGGCUGUGACUGAGUCGGGACUCACACCAAUUCAUGUGGCUGCCUUUAUGGGGCAUGAAAACAUUGUAACUCAGCUGACGCACCACGGAGCUUCACCCAACACAACCAAUGUGAGGGGAGAGACCGCACUCCACAUGGCCGCAAGGGCGGGGCAGCUCAACGUGGUCAAGCACCUGGUGAAGAAUGGGGCCAAGGUGGAGGUUAAGGCCAAGGAUGACCAGACUCCACUGCAUAUCUCCAGCCGGCUGGGCAAGGCAGACAUCGUCCAGCACCUGCUCCAAUGCGGGGCGUCAGCCAAUGCUGCCACCACGUCUGGGUACACCCCUCUGCACCUAGCGGCCCGCGAGGGGCACGAGGAGGUGGCGUCGGUGCUUCUGGAUCACGGUGCCUCACUGUCUGCCACCACAAAGAAGGGAUUCAGUCCUUUGCAUGUGGCGGCGAAAUAUGGAAAGAUCGAGGUGGCUAAUCUCCUUCUUCAGAAGAGCGCGGUUCCCGACGCAGCGGGAAAGAGUGGCCUAACCCCACUGCAUGUUGCUGCGCACUACGAUAACCAGAAGGUGGCGCUUCUCCUGUUGGACCAGGGAGCCUCUCCCCACGCAGCUGCCAAGAAUGGAUACACUCCUUUACACAUCGCUGCCAAAAAGAACCAGAUGGACAUCGGCACCACCCUGCUGGAGUACGGAGCCGACACCAACGCCGUCACCCGCCAGGGCAUCAGUCCCCUGCAUCUAGCAGCGCAGGAGGGCAACGUUGAUAUGGUGUCCCUGCUGCUGGCACGGAACGCCAAUGUCAACCUGGGCAAUAAGAGUGGGCUAACGCCUCUCCACUUAGCUGCCCAGGAAGACAAAGUAAAUGUGGCUGAGGUUCUGGCCAAUCACGGGGCAGCUAUUGACCCACAGACAAAGAUGGGAUACACUCCGCUACACGUGGCCUGUCACUAUGGAAACGUGAAGAUGGUCAACUUCCUCUUACAGCACCAAGCAAAAGUCAAUGCCAAAACUAAGAAUGGCUACACUCCUCUCCACCAGGCGGCGCAACAGGGCCACACCCAUGUCAUUAACAUCCUGCUUCAGCGCGGCGCCUCACCCAAUGAACUCACUGUGAAUGGAAACACAGCCCUGUCCAUCGCCAGGAGGCUGGGCUACAUCUCUGUGGUGGACACGCUGAAGGUCGUCACAGAGGAGACACUGACCACCAUGACUGUGACGGAAAAGCAUAAAAUGAAUGUUCCAGAAACGAUGAAUGAGUUCCUUGACAUGUCAGAUGAGGAAGGUGAGGAUGCAAUGACUGGAGACACGGACAAAUACCUGCGACCCCAGGACCUAAAGGAGCUCGGGGACGACUCUCUUCCGCAGGACGGCUACAUGGGAUUCAGCCUCGGAGCGCGGUCUGCCAGCCCUAGGAUCAGCCUCCGCUCCUUCAGUUCGGAUAGGUCCAACACUCUGAACCGGAGCUCCUUCGCGCGGGACAGCAUGAUGAUCGAGGAGAUCCUGGCCCCCACCAAGGACACGCUUCAAAGUGUCUGUAAAGACAUCUCCUUCGUUGUUGAUCCGCAAAAUAAGCACCUCGCGGUGACCAGGGAGUGCAACUCGGAUGCUCUGAGACGGUACAGCUGGGCCGCAGACACCCUGGACAAUGCCAACCUGGUCUCCAGCCCCAUCCACUCAGGCUUUUCGUCUCCGCUUCCCCAGUAUGACUCCAGGUUCCUGGUCAGCUUCAUGGUGGACGCGCGGGGCGGCUCCAUGAGGGGCAGCCGCCACAACGGCAUGCGCAUCAUCAUCCCGCCCCGGAAGUGCACGGCGCCCACCCGCAUCACCUGCCGUCUGGUCAGGAGGCACAAGCUGGCCUGCCCCCCGCCCAUGGUGGAGGGAGAGGGCCUGGCCAGCCGGCUGGUGGAGGUGGGCCCUGCCGGAGCUCAGUUUCUGGGCCCUGUAAUUGUGGAGAUCCCACAUUUUGGCUCCAUGAGGGGAAAGGAGAGGGAGCUGAUCGUCCUCAGGAGUGACAACGGAGAGACGUGGAAGGAGCACCAGUAUGACUGUAGGACAGAGGACCUCAACCAGGUUCUCAACGGCAUGGAUGAAGAGCUGGACAGCGCGGAGGAACUCGAGAAGAAACGCAUCUGUCGCAUCAUCACCAGGGAUUUCCCACAGUACUUUGCGGUCGUCUCCCGGAUCAAGCAAGAGAGUAACCACAUGGGUCCGGAGGGAGGUGUCCUGCAAAGUAUGUGUGUGCCGAAGGUCCGAGCAUCCUUCCCAGAGGGGGCGCUAACCAAAAGGAUCCGAGUUGGCCUGCAGGCUCAGCCUGUCCCGGAUGAACUGGCCAAGAAGAUUGUGGGGACCAGGGCCACGUUCAGCCCCAUCGUGACAGUAGAGCCCAGGAGGAGGAAGUUCCACAAACCCAUCACCAUGACAAUCCCAGUCCCGCCUCCGGCAGUGGACGGUGUUGCCAAUGGCUACAGAGGGGACAGCACCCCCUGUCUGCGGCUCCUGUGCAGCAUAACAGGGGGUACUUCACCAGCCCAGUGGGAGGACAUUACAGGGACCACCCCUUUGUCGUUUGUGACCGAAUGUGUGUCUUUCACCACCAAUGUUUCCGCCAGGUUUUGGCUUGCAGACUGCCACCAGAUCCCAGAGACAGUUGGCCUGGCCACUCAGCUCUACCGUGAGCUGAUCUGCGUGCCGUACUUGGCCAAGUUUGUGGUGUUUGCCAAGAUGAACGACCCAGUUGAAUCCAACCUGCGCUGUUUCUGCAUGACGGACGACAAAGUGGACAAAACUCUGGAACAGCAGGAGAACUUCGAGGAGGUGGCUAGGAGCAAAGACAUCGAGGUUCUGGAAGGAAAACCCAUCCAUGUGGAUUGCUAUGGAAAUUUGGCUCCUCUUACCAAAACUGGACAACAGCUGGUUUUCAAUUUCUACGCCUUCAAAGAAAACAGGCUGCCAUUCAGUGUGAAGAUCAGAGAUGUUAGUCAAGAGCCCUGUGGGCGACUCUCAUUCCUUAAAGAGCCAAAAACCACUAAAGGUCUUCCACAGACUGCUGUCUGCAAUCUGAACAUCACACUGCCAGCUCUCAAAAAGGAAAUGGAGUCAGACCCAGAUGAAGAGGCUGACAAACCUGAGCGACGUCAUACCUUUGCUUCUCUAGCCUUACGUAAGCGCUACAGCUAUCUGACCGAGCCUGCAACGAAAACAGUUGAACGAAGCACACCAAGAACACUGCCUGCUGGUUACGCUUACAAACCUGUCUUUUCAACAAGAUCUUACCAGGCAUGGUCGGCUGCUCCUAUUACCGUCCCUGGGCAAGCAAAAUCUGGAUUUGGUUCCCUCUCCAGUUCGUCGUCCAACACGCCAUCUGCCUCGCCAUUAAAGUCAGUGUGGUCAAUUACCUCAGCAUCCCCUAUCAAGUCUACCCUUGGAGCUUCAACCGCAUCUUCAGUCAAGUCAGUCAGUGAUAUAGCUUCUCCCAUCAGGUCAUAUAGAACUAUUUCUUCCCCAAUCAAGACAGUUGUUCAGCAAGCCCAAUAUCCAGUGUCCUCUUCACUGCUGUCCUCACCUGGUAAAGCUGAGCCAGACCCUGUGUCUGUUAAAGGACUUGCUGCAUCUCUGGCUUCAAGGACCUCCCCUGUCAUGAAUGCAGGGUCACUACUGGAACGGUCUUCAAUUACCAUGACCCCACCUGCAUCUCCAAAAUCCACAGUAAACAUGUACAAUUUACCUUAUAAAUCUGUCAUAGCCUCUGUUACACCAGUGGCUUCUUCCCCAAUAAAAACAGUAUCUGGCCUGUCCUCAGUCAAAACCAAUGCAGAAGUCUCUGGUGCAUCAAAAGGUUUGCUGGUUUCAUCUCUGUCUUCACCUGUAAAAUCUACAGCCAUCCCCAGUGCAGCAGCAUUGAUCAAUGGGUCCGUUUCGCCUAUCAGAUAUCCCUCAUCCUCGCCUACUGUGCUUUCUGGAGGGACCAGCAGUUUGCAAGAAAGGAUACAAGCAACAACUCAUGCGGCCACAACAAGUGUCACUGCUGCUAUGGAUGAAGCUGAAAAGACCUUUAAUUCUUGCUCUGCAGGUUACGGCACUCUAAAGUCCAUCUCCACGUCCUCGUCUUACCAGUCAAUAAGAUCUUCCCCUUCGACUUCCAUUUUUGCCUCCUUGAGGUCUCCAGCUUCUUCCACCACCUCUGUUACGUGUAGCACAAUAACCGUGCCAGUCUACUCUGUGAUUAAUGUUUUGCCAGAGCCACAAUUUAAAAAACUUCCAGAGGUCACCCGAUCGGCAGCCGCACUCCUGUCCCCUCUGAAGACCAGGGCUACAGAGCCGCAAACCACCACCCAGUCCAACUUUUCUAAGACGCUGUCACCAGUCAAAUCAUCGUUCAUUCCUCCUGCAGCCCUAAAAUCAGCUGCAGCAUCCUCAUUAACGUCCAGCCAGGAAAUCCUGAAGGAUGUGGCAGAAAUGAAGGAGGACUUAAUGAGGAUGUCUGCCAUCUUACAGACUGACACCAGUCCAGUAACUAAAAACUUCCAGUCAGACUCGCCUAAAGAGCCUAAAAUCGAAGACGAGGAGCCUUACAGGAUUGUUGAAAAAGUGAAACAGGAUCUGGUUAAAGUUAGUGAGAUCCUAACAAAGGAUGCGCUGAGAGAGAGCAAAGUUGCAUUAAAACAGAAGAGACUUGAGGACGACUGGGUGGAGUUUUCGAAAGACGAGAUACAGGAAGCUCAGCAGAAUGGCCGGAGAUGUCCCCUAAGCUACGACUCAGAUGGCUUUCAAGUCAGAACAAAGUCCAUAACUGACAGAGAUUUCAAUUUAGCAAGGGUGGUUGACUAUUUGACAAAUGAUAUUACGGGUAACUCUCUUUCAAAAAUAUCAGAUGUGAAGUGCAGAUACGAUGAGGUGAAAAGAGAAGGAGAGGAAAAGCAGAAACGUAUUCUCAAACCCGCUAUAGCUCUUCAGGAACACAAACUCAAAAUGCCACCUUCAAACAUGCGCUCCUCUCCUUCAGAAAAAGAGUUGUGCAAACUCGCUGAGGCGUUGUUUGGCACCGAUGCCAUAUUAGUGUCCCCGGAUGACAUCUCACAUGAACAGGAUAAGAGUCCUCUCUCGGACAGUGGCUUUGAAACCAGGAGCGAAAAGACCCCAUCUGCACCUCAGAGUGCUGAGAGCACAGGGCCCAAGCCUCUCUUUAAUGAUGUUCCCAUCCCCCCUGUCAUCACAGAGACACGCACAGAGGUUGUUCACGUCAUAAGGAGCUACGAGCCCUCUGAAGACAGCCAGGAGCCGAUGGUGGAAGAAACACGAGUGGCCAAGUCACCUGCAUGCAUUCAAGCAGAACCACAACCUAACGGACCCCUCAGGGACAAAGUAAAAGGGUAUCAGGUGAAAGUCAAUGGAGAGGAUGACUCCGCAAGCAAAGGUAUGCGCGUUAAAGAGGAAACGCACAUUACCACUACAACCAGAAUGGUUUACCAUAAACCGCCCAACAAAGAGGCUGCGUCUGAGAGGCUCGAGGAAACGAUGUCGGUUCGAGACAUAAUGAAAGCAUUCCAGUCUGGUAGAGAUCCCUCCAGAGAGCUGGCUGGCUUGUUUGAGCACAAGGCUGGCAAUGAAUAUCACAAAGGAAAUGAAUCAUCGCCACGGCUUCUCGAAAAAGACGUUAAUUCAAAACCCAAGGUUGAAAGAAUAAUUGAGGUUCACAUUGAAAAGGGAAAUAAGGCUGAACCAACUGAGCUUAUCAUACGGGAAACAAAAAACCACCCAGAGAAAGAGAUGUAUGUCUACCAGGGGGAUCAUGGGGUAAAGGAGCUACAAAGUAAAGUGGAUGCAGAUGAUGAUGCUCAUCCGGAAGAGAAGGAGCUUACUGCAGAGGAGUCACUUCCCUCUUACUUAGAGUCAUCCAGAGUGAAUACCCCCCUUUCUCAGGAGGAAGACAGUCGUCCAGGUUCUGCACAGCUUGUCAUGGAUGACUCCUAUAAAACCUUGAAGCUGCUGAGCCAGCAGUCUGUCGAAUAUCACGAUGACGAGUCAUCAGAACUGAGGGGGGAGUCCUACAGAUUUGCUGAGAAAAUGCUUCUUUCUGAGAAGCUUGAUGUAUCUCACUCUGAUACAGAGGAGUCUAGGACUGAUCAAACUCAUGCCCGUAGCUUGGAGGUGCAGGGUUCAGAGAGGCAUAAUGGUGAAAGACAGUACAGUGGGCCCAAAAAAGAGUUUAUUAUAAAGUCAUCAAAUGAGACAGACAGAGCAGCUAAAUUUGCUAAUUCGGAUCAGCAGAAGCUAACAGUGUUGCAUUACACUUCAGAGCCCGGUAGCCCAAAGCAUUACCAAAGGGUUACAGAAGACCGGCUGGACAGGAAUAGGGAAAAACUCAUAUACGAGGACAGGGUUGAUCGAACUGUGAAGGAGGCAGAAGAAAAAUUAAGUGAGGUUUCUCAGUUUUUUCGUGACAAAACGGAGAAACUAAACGAUGAGCUCCAGUCGCCAGAGAAGAAGCCUUACAAGGGAGUUGCAAGGGAAACCCAGUCUGGGCCUAGCUCUACCUGUACUAGUCCUGAAAAAACACUGAGUAAGAAUGGAGGGAAUAAAGAGGACUGGGGUAGAGUGGGGAAAUUAUUUAGCAACUCAAAUGAAAGAAAAUGUUCUAGCUUGCCAAGCAGUCCUGAAAGAUGCAUUUUAUCCCGAUAUAACAAUGACAGAAACAAACAGGGGGAUAGCAUAAACCAAAACAAGACAAGUGAGGCCUCCCAACCUUUCCAGCUUAAGUCAUCCAUGGUGAACAUGGUGAAAUUAAAAUUUGAAUCAGAGGCUCACAAGCAAGACAGUCCUCAAUUGGAUCAAACAAAACCCACAGUGAAAAAACUCCAAGAAAGUAAGCUUCCUGUGUAUCAGUUUUUCGCUGGAGCAAGAACAGACAAAUCAAUAGAAAAAACAGACCAAGGGAAAAGUCAUGUGGAAAAUCUAGAUGUUGAAGGCAACGUUAUCACUGGACAAAGCCUAGAUAACAGUAAGGUCCAUGUCACUUCUGUCAACCAGAAAAAUUCAAAUACACCCACAAAACACUGCCCGAGCAUAAAUAGCCAGGAAAUGAAUGCAAAGAUCUACAAGACUUGGGAGAGCCAUGGAAAUGGAAAAAACAAGAAUCAGAAAGAUAAACUGUCCCACACCCUCAUUCAGGACACAAUAAAAGAAAGCAACAAGAAUGACAUUAAAAAUUCAGUCACUGAACAAGAAAAUGGGCAGCUUUUUAAAAAUGGGACACUAAGCAGUGAAAUGACAGAAAGUUCUCCAACGAAAAAAAUAAUAUAUACAGAGCUGGUGAUGCGGGAAGACAGUGAAAGUAGUGACAGCCUCACUUGCAAUGGCACUCUUAAAAAAAAGACUGAUUCACAAAUUCCUGUUAGGAUGACCGCAAGUCCCACAGAUGAUCACCAUUUUAAAAAGUCAAAGCCAGAAACUUUGGUAAAACCCUCUGAUAGGAAUGACUCCUUAUCAAGGAGUCCAUUUAUGAAUGCAGUGCAUAACGAUAUUGGUGACGACAGUCCUGUAGAGUACAUGGAAAAAGUAUCUCCUGUUGUCAAAGCUGAAAGCUCUCAAGAUAUCAAAACAUUGCCAGUUUAUGUAAGCAUUCAAGUGGGCAAGCACUAUGAGAAAGAAACUGUAGGCGGACAACAAGGAUCUUACAGAAAGAUUGUCAGUCAGGAAAGCAGAACAGUACAUGAGACACGGGGAGCGUUUUAUACAGUUAAACAGAAGCAACCACCAUCUCCCCAGGGCAGCCCUGAGGACGAUACACUGGAGCAAGUGUCUUUUAUGGACAGCUCAGGGAAGAGUCCCCUGACACCUGAGACUCCUAGCUCUGAGGAAGUGAGCUAUGAUCUCACCUCCAGAACACCCGAUUCCCUGUUUGCUUUCAUGUUAGGCAAACCCAGUCCAAUUGCAGAAGUUCCAGAGGAAUCUGAGGAGGAGGAAGAAGGCAAAGCUCAUUCAUUUUUGAAGGAAUCUCCACCAGAUAAGACAAAACCUCCCCAAUCGGAGGACACAAAUGGGCACAAAGAAAUAGCAAAUAAAACAAAGGAAAAACGAGUUGCUUACAUUGAAUUUCCUCCACCCCCUCCGCUGGACCCAGAGUCAUCAGAGCCUGAAAAAAAGGCUUCUUGUCCCUCUUCUGAGACUGAGACAGAAAUGAUGGAGGUCAACCUCCAAGAGGAACAUGACAAGCACCUUCUUGCUGAGCCUAUAAUCAGAGUGCAGCCUCCAUCCCCCCUGCCUCCUGGCGUAGGCGACAGUGACUCCAGUGAUGAUGAGUCAAUAUUUCAGCCUAUUCCUUUAAAGAAGUAUACCUUCAAGGUUUCAGAAGAGGAAGAAAAGCGGUCCAAACCUAAAAAGCCUGAAAGGAAUGGAAAACAUAAGGAAGUAGGCACAAAUGGUGAUGUAAAGGGAGAAGACUUUGAGUUUGAGCAAAAUGGGAACGAUCAGUCUGUCACUGACUGCUCAAUUGCCACAACUGCAGAGUUUUCUCACGACACUGAUGCCACAGAAAUUGAUUCUCUUGAUGGAUAUGAUCUCCAGGAUGAGGAUGAUGGCUUAAGCGAGCAAGAUCCGAAAUCAAGCUUAGCCAAAGAAAGUAGAAAAGAGAUGCGGACAACAGACAGCAUUUUGAAGUCAUGUGAUCGUUCCUUUAGCCAGACUAAACUUGAGGUCAUUGAGGAAGAGGAGAAGGUGGUGAAUGAUGAAGAAGGAACUACAAACACAAAAACAGUCUCUCUAGACAAAGAAUCAGAAGAAGGGACAAAUGGGGAAGGAAACUAUUCUUUGGAGGGAAGACACCCGGACAGACAAGGAUUUGCAGAUAGCUACUUUAACUACCAACUAGAGGAGGAAUUUAACACCCCUUUUAAGACUGUUGCUACCAAAGGUUUGGACUUUGAUCCUUGGUCCAGCAAAGGAGGAGAUAAUGAAGUCUUCGACGUUAGAAUAAAAGAUGAAGAGCCCAAGCCUUUUGGCUUGACUGUAGAGGACAGGUCACAAGCAACUACUCCAGACACUACCCCUGCCAGAACACCAACUGAUGAGAGUACUCCGACUAGCGAGCCCAAUCCUUUCCCCUUUCACGAAGGGAAGAUGUUUGAGAUGACUCGUGGUGGUGCAAUUGACAUGAGCAAGCGGGAUUUUGUUGAAGAGAGACUUCAGUUUUUUCAGAUUGGUGAGCAUACUUCGGAAGGGAGGUCAGGGGGCAAAGGGAAAGGGGUCACGAGUCUGGGUGGAGUUAUCUCACAGUCACAGGCAGGGGAUAGCACACUUGAGCAACAGGCAAAAGCCCCCACAGAUACUGCAACAGUCAAGUGCAAUCUCAUUCAACUCAGCACUGACUGUGUGAGCACGUCGUCUGGUGACUUUAUAGCAGAAACAUCCUCUUGUACAAUAACAGCAUCCAAAGUUGAUUCUAAAUUACGAACUCCAAUUAAAAUGGGGAUCGCAGCCUCCAUUACUGUGAAAAAAGAUGCUAGUUUUAUAGAAUUACCUGAUUGUAAAGCUGAGAAAUCAGACAGUCAGAAUACAGAAUACUCAGGCAUAGAAUUAUAUGUAGAUAAUCAGCCUAGCAGAUUUAGCUGCACAGCUUCAAAACCUUCUGAGAGAAGAGAUUUUCAGACAGAGAAUUGCAAUAACAACAACAACCUUGAGUCCUCAAACAUUCAGGCCAACUACAUUCAGUGCGGCAGUGUAGUGUUUAAUUUGCAGUCCUCAUCAGAGCCCACGCUUCAGCAGGUCAGUAGGAUUGAGGCCUCAUCUUGCAGAGAUGCAGAGAAAGCCAGGGCAGACAGUGAGCUGUGCGAGCAAAGGAAGACUAGCGAGUCCAAGGAAACAGAAGCAAGGCCACCAAAGUCCAGGCUGCCAAUCAAAGCCCCUGGCUCUGCAUCACACACACAGAGUACCACAGUGGGAAAGCAGAGGCCCAAACACACAGUUAAACCUGAGGUCAGGAAAAGAGUAGAUAAUUUCAUAGCUGCUGAACCCAAAUCGAGGAUUCCAAUAAAAGAGGUUAAGAAGAGUAAUGUCAGUCCCCCCAUUUCGGUGCAGAUAGUGUCCAGGUCAGUGAGGACCGAGAAGGAAAGAGCAAAGCAGGUGCCCCCCAGAUUGUCCGAUAAGGACAGGACUAACCUCUGCAGCAACUCAGCGUACGAGACAGGUAGAGAGGUGUGCAAACGCUCCAUUGAGUACUUUAAGGGCCUUAGUGGGGAGACGCUAAAACUGGUGGACCGCCUUUCCGAUGAAGAGAAAAAGAUGCAGUCAGAACAGUCCGAUGAAGACAGCACGUCGAGAAGCACCUCGCUGUCCGACCCCUCUCAGCCUUCCCUCACUUCGAGGUCCGCUAGAGAACGGAAAAACGAUGCAGCGCCCGUAAGAGCGAAGGCUGAGCUGGCCGGCAGUGAGAGGAGGCGGAGGAGUAGGCGGACUGGUGGGAAUGGAGGCAGUCAGGUUGCCGGGCCCCACGUGGCUCCCGCCGGCGAGAUCAAGCCUAGCCCACAGAGUCCCUGUGAAAGAACAGACCUGCGGAUGGCUAUAGUAGCUGACCAUCUGGGUUUGAGCUGGACUGAGCUGGCCAGGGAAAUGAAUUUCUCGGUUGAUGAAAUAAACCACAUCCGACUGGAGAACCCCAACUCGUUAACGGCACAGAGUUUCAUGCUCUUAAAGAAAUGGGUCAAGAGAGAUGGCAAAGAUGCCACAACGGAUGCCUUAACCGCAGUGCUGGCCAAGGUCAACAGGAUGGACAUAGUGACACUGCUGGAAGGUCCAAUAUUUGACUAUGGUAACAUUUCUGGCACUAGAAGCUUUGCAGAUGACUCAGUAUUCCUGGAUCAAUCCGAUGUUUACCAGAGCCUCCAAAUGGAACUGCAGUCUCCUACAGAGCUGAGCUCUGAGCCUGCUGACCUGCUCUGGAGAGAUGAUAUCCUCAUUGAGGAGCCUAGGGUAGAGACUAGUAGAAGCCCCUGUAGGCCCAGCGAUUUGGCGCUGAUUCAGCCGCACGGCCCUGCCGCUGACACCGUGACGGAGGAGCCCCCCGUGGAUGGCUGUGGGCCGGGGGGCAGUGAGGUCGUCUCUGGAGCAGAGGACCAUGACAUUAGCCACAGGUCCACCUCCUCCGAGCAGCAGGACUCUGGCAGUGCGGUAAAAGAGAUGGGUGAGCUUUCGGAGCGGGAGCAGCAUGUGGAAGACAGAGGAGCAGGAGACUGGCAGCAGGAGAUGAGUGACAGCUACCCGCUUCGGGCGUGGGCCUUGGCAUUAGGAGAGGGCAGUGAUUCUGGUUCUGAAGAGGAAGAAGAAGAGGCAUCCCAAGGACAGUUAAACUCCUUAAUGGAAGAUAUUAUACUGGAGGAAGGCUCGGAGGGCGAGGAGGUGACAGAGGGGAGGGUGAAGGCUGUUGGCGGUCAAGUAGAGCAGGCAGAAAAAGACAUGUCCUCAAUUCCAGGCUGGUGCAACGAGACUUCAAGCGUGAACGUGGAGACAGCCACACAGGGUCAGAGUUUGAGCACUGACCCAAGUGAUCAACAGGAAAGCGGCAAGGAGAACUCCAGCGACUCCGUUACCUCAUCCUCCAAGGGGCACGCAGGCAAACCAAAACACAAUGGCGAGCGUGCGGAGCUCCCAUGUCAGGCCGGGUCCCUUCGUGCAGGCCAGGAGCCAGCCAGCGGGAUGAAGGGCCAGGACAACAGGGCAGGGCCAGGCCGAGAAGAGGACACCGCUGCGUCUGAACACAAAGUUCAGCACGGAGAGGGAAACCAUCUGAAGAAGAGGGAAGGGAGACAUGGGGACAAGAAGGUCCACUCGUAAUGAUCACUGUGCUCUACCUGGAGUCCAGACAUUUUUCUGAUCAGCAUUCUGAGGUGAGGCGACUCGGAGACUCAGAGGAACAGAGGAAAUCAGCCAAUAAAAGCGAACCUGCAGCUUCCACAUUAACGCAUGGUGUUUUUUCCGCAAAGAAGACUUUAUGAUUUAGCAUGAGCAUGAAUACUCACGUUUGUCAAAAGACCCAGAAGCAUUACAGUGAAUGACCGUGAUGUGCCAUGGGGUCGAGAGCAUUUCUUUUUCCCAGCUGAGGAGCAUCAGUAAAAACACAGACUCCCAGUGAUAACAGCAGCAACAGAGAAUACAUUUCCUGUGACCAAAGACGGCACAAACAGCUCCUUUGAGUGGGGAAGAGAGGAGUAUUUUUGAAUCACCUUCUACACUCGCCUUACAUUUCUCUUGGACCCAUAAUGUCAGGGUGUAAAAUGCUGUUUCUUUUUAACAAAAUGAUCCGUGAUUUUGCUGUAUAUAAAUGACAUUGUAUAAAUUCUAAAAUGCGUAGCUCACAUAUUGUUAAAGCAUUGUGAAGUGCAUCGAACUUAAAUGACAUUAUUGAAAUGGUUCCACUUUACAGGAAGGUUUGAGUGUAACUUUACCUGUCCUUGUAUAAAUUAUUAGCUGGUACAAUGUUUGUAAAUGAAAAAGCUAGCUUGAUUUUAACAGAGCAAGUUUCUUUAAAAUCUACUUUCAAUAAUUCUCAAAAUGGGAAUAUCUCUAGUUCUGUGAAAACAUUUAUUCAGAGCACUAAUAUUUUGAUGCAUGCGAUUCACCUUAUUUUAAUGACAAAUUUUCUAAGUUUGCAAACACUGUAUUAAGAAUAACAAGAAAUAAAACCCUUUAUCUGUGUACACACAUAACCCUAAAAAUUGUCACUCUAGACAGUUAUUCAAAGAAAUUGUCUUUAAUACAUCUAUGUUACAGAGGAAGGAUAGAGUUGGGUGUACUUUAUUACUUACUGAAGGUUUACUGCUUGCUGAUAUUGAGUUGAAGGGCAGCUUCUGCAAAUGUAGGCUUGAGUACAACCAGAGAAACAAUCUGAAUGUAUAUGCUAGAAGACUGGCACGCUGUACAAUUAUUAACUGUAUCAUGUGUAUUGGCCAUAAGAUGUAGAAGUAUCUGUAAGCCGAUCAUUUGUAAUUAUUCUAGCGGUGUAUUAAUAGGGUUUUAAGGCUGCUGUCGUUUUAAAAAGGGCAUUUUAUUUGGGUUUGGUGAACUUUUUUCUUUUACUUUAAUCUAUUCUUAAGAGAACACCCAAGGCAUUCAUUGGUAGUAGUUCUAAUAACGUAUGUAUGAGAAAACGACAAACACUGGAUGAUA